AUGUCAUCGAAAAAUUUUGUAAUUUCUAAUAAUAAUAAUUCAUUGCCAAUUCUAUUAGUACCAUAUUUGCAUCAUGGGGAAGGGAAGGUAAAUUAUCAUCUCAACCCAAUUUGUAAAAUUGAUGAGACCUUUAAAAAUAUGGGAAGGCUAAAAGCGUUAAACAAUAGUAAUAAUAAAGAAAACAUGAACUUGAUAACAUUUCCCAACAGAUUACCUACACCUCCACAUUCACCAGAAAGAUUCUGUGGUGAAAAUAUGAAUUGUGACAAUAUUACGCUAAGUCGAUGUUUGGCCAACCUAGAUUCUAAGGCUUCGACUCAGAUCAGGUUACCAGAAGUCCAAUUUCCUAAGUCAUCAUUUUGUGAGAAAACUUAUGCGUACAAUUCAACACCAAGAAACUAUCAGUGGAAAACGGCUCGUAAAGAGAUUUUCAAUAGAAACUCAGAUAAUAAUGUAUCAAGGCUAGUUGAGUCUGUUCAAGACUACCAGUUAAGGUCGAAUAGAUUAUCAAAAUCAACUACCACUAAAGUUCAUAAGAGACAGAGGCGUGGUCGGAGUUGUGAUAAUUGUAGAAUGAAUAAAACUAGAUGUGACGCCCGUUUUGAAGUACUUUUACAAAACAAAUAUGUUAUGAGAUCUAUCUCAAAAAAAUUGCAUUAUAUAUUAAAAAAGAGAGACAUCAUCAAAUACAGCAAACAUGGCAUGAUUUUAGAACAUAUUAAAAUCCCAGAAGAUUUACUUAAAGAUAAUGACCAUGGUGUAAAACUAAUAAAAAGUUUAGAUAAAAUCAUUCUAUUUCAUCCUUGCAGUUCAUGUCAUCGCACUUAUACAUACAAUAAAAAAAAUGUCGAUAAGACUCAUGGAAGGGAAUGCAUUUACUCUACCGGAUACAUUAAAUCAGAUAUGCAUAUAUAUAACGUGAUGAUUCAUAAUAUAUCAAAGGAACUACCACUCUCUGGAGGAAAUGGCCUAUCUAAAAAACUUUAUGAUUUGACUAUUUCUGAUUACAAAAAAUAUUUUGUCAAUGGAGAGACUUAG